UUUCUCAAUCUCAGUCUCAGUUAUUCAGAACCAAAAAAGGAAAAAAGAAAAAUUCAGCCAAACAAAACACAAGGAAUUUACUUUUAUGGAUAUGUUCUUCGGUCAAUUUUCCGAUCCUCUUCCUUACGGCGACAAGUCGGAAUCGUCGACGUGGUCGGACGCCGGCACGCCGGUUACUCACCCGGCGGCGCACUCCGAUGAGGAAGUGAUACUGGCGGCGAGCCGGCCGAAGCGGCGGGCCGGGCGGAGGGUUUUUAAGGAGACGAGGCACCCGGUUUACCGGGGGGUCCGGCGGAGGAACAACGAUAAAUGGGUGUGCGAGUUGCGUGAGCCGAAUAAGAAGUCUAGGAUCUGGCUCGGGACGUAUCCGACGGCGGAGAUGGCAGCGCGUGCGCACGACGUCGCGGCACUCGCGUUGAGAGGCAAGUCGGCUUGCCUCAACUUUGCUGACUCGGCGUGGCGAUUUCCCAUUCCGGAGUCUACUGAUCCGAGUGUCAUCCGGGACGCGGCGGCUCGGGCGGCCAAUGAGUGCAAGGAUGAAGAGGACGACGCCGUUUUGGAAGGCGGAGAAGGAGAACUCCCCGCCAGGUGGGAGCCAGCUCCUCCGGCUUACGUGGACGAUGAGGCCUUGUCCAACAUGCCGAUGCUGCUUGCCAGCAUGGCGGAGGGACUUCUUCUCUCUCCUCCUUCUUUUUGCAUGCAUGACGACGUGGAGUGGGGUGACGUGGACAUGAGUGAUGACAUGUCGCUGUGGAGCUUUUAGAACCUCCAAACCAACCAAUCAGCACCCAAAUGUACGGACUUUUGUUCGAGGAAGUCAAGGUUUAUAUUAGAAUGUAAUAGUAUGUAAUUACGAUUUUUUAUUUGAACAAUAAUUUUAGUCUCUAGAUUUGGCACUGUAUCAAGUAUCAACUGUCGUACAUGAUCUAUUCAAAAUCAUGACGCGCAUUUUUUGUAAUGUUUUUUCUUCCAAUUAAUAUUGUAAUAAAGAUAA